AUGGACGCCGAAAAAUCUGCCGCAAAUGCCGCCGCCGCCGCCGCAUCGCAGUCCACACAGCCCGAUCCAGCCCACGUCCACAACCAGCCCGAAAUCGCCAACAUAUCCCUCGCUCUGCGGAUACCACCAUUCUGGCGCGACCGACCACGUCUAUGGUUCUACAGUUUCGAGGCUGCCACCCACGACCAAAGGAAGAGUGAACAAAAGAUGGCGCAGAUGGUCAUCGCUCGUCUAGAAAAACAAGAUAUAGAGCAAAUCAGCGACCUCCUCUACAAUCCGCCAGAGACGAACCCAUACGAGGCCAUCAAAGAGCGUCUCAUCACCGCCUACGAAGAAUCGGACAGUCGGCAAUUCCAAAAGCUUCUGUCCGAAAUGGAACUAGGCGACCAAAAGCCGACCCACCUGCUACGACGGAUGCGCGAUCUCGCUCGAGACAGAAUUCCCGACUCCACACUACGACUCAUGUGGACCAACCACCUACCGGCACAUAUUCGCUCUGUCCUCGCCGUAAGCGAAUCAUUCAGUACGAAAACUGCAUUAGAAGAGCUUGCCCUACUUGCCGACAAAAUGAUGGAGCAACAUCGGGAAAUUUCCGCCAUCAACAUAACCACGUCGUCACAAUCAUCAUCACAAAACUGA